CUCCUACCCACUCGCCCCCCUCCCCUCCCGUCCCCUCCCAACCGCGAGCGAGUCGCGCUCUCUCCCCCGCCCGUGCCUUGGCUCCUCCUUCCCGCGAUGGCGACGUCCAUGGCGUCGCCGCGGGGGCGGUCGAUCCGGGAGACGGUGCUGGAGACCGUGGCGGCCUACCACCACCAGCAGCGGAUGAGGCGCAAGUUGCGCAAAAGCCUCUCCUACGCCGGGGAGCUCUCCUCCGCGGGCCGCGCGCGCGGGGAGGGAGCGUCCUCGUCAGCGUCGGCCACCUCGCUCUAUGGGCCCGAGGAGGAUGACGAGCCGUUCUGGGAGGAGGAGGAGGGCACCGUCGAGCUCGUCCAGCUCGGGGCCAACCGCGCCAAGAAUGUCCUCAUCCUUAUGAGCGACACCGGUGGCGGACACCGCGCCUCCGCGGAGGCCAUCAAGGACGCCUUCCGGAUCGAGUUCGGCGACGAGUACCGGGUCUUCGUUAAGGAUCUGUGCAAGGAUCACGCCGGGUGGCCGCUCAACAACAUGGAGAGCUCAUACAAGUUCAUGGUGAAGCAUGUGCAGCUCUGGAAGGUGGCAUUCCACAGCACCUCGCCUAGAUGGGUCCAUAGCUUCUACCUCGCCGCUCUCGCCUCAUUCUAUGCCAAGAAGGUGGAGGCUGGACUGAAGAAGUACAAACCAGACAUCAUUAUUAGUGUCCACCCCCUCAUGCAACACAUUCCUCUGUGGGUGCUCAAAUGGCAAGGGCUGCAAAACAGAGUAGUCUUUGUAACCGUCAUCACGGAUCUCAACACUUGCCACCCUACAUGGUUCCAUGCUAAUGUGAAUAGAUGUUACUGCCCCUCAGAAGAAGUUGCCAAGAGGGCAGCAUUGGAUGACCUACAACCUUCUCAAAUCCGCGUGUUCGGUCUUCCGAUUCGACCAUCAUUCUGCCGUGCCGUUCUUGUUAAGGAUGAUUUGAGGAAGGAACUUGAGCUGGAUCCUGAGCUGCCUGCGGUGCUGCUUAUGGGAGGUGGAGAGGGCAUGGGUCCUGUCAAGAAGACUGCAAAAGCCCUUGGAGAAUCAUUGUUUGACAAAGAGCUCGGAAAACCAAUUGGGCAGCUUAUUGUCAUUUGCGGCCGGAACAAAACACUGAGCUCCUCACUGCAGGCCCUCGAAUGGAAAAUACCAGUAAAAAUUAGGGGAUUUGAGACCCAAAUGGAGAAGUGGAUGGGAGCUUGUGAUUGUAUUAUAACAAAGGCUGGACCAGGCACCAUUGCUGAAGCCUUGAUAAGGGGUCUUCCUAUAAUCCUUAAUGACUUCAUACCUGGACAGGAAGUUGGCAAUGUCCCUUAUGUUGUGGACAAUGGUGCAGGCGUGUUCUCCAAAAGCCCUAAGGAAACUGCGAAACUUGUUUCCCUUUGGUUUGGUCCAGACUCAGAGGAAUUGAAAAGAAUGUCAGAAAACGCAUUGAAAUUGUCUCAGCCGGAAGCAGUCUUUGACAUUGUCAGAGACAUCCAUGAGCUCUCUCAGGAGCAAGGGGUGAUAUCACAGAUCUCUGGUUCCUUGACGUCAUCCUUCUUCAUACCAUCACCUGAAACCACACCUAUCCAGUUUAUCUGAAACCUUUAAGCUGUGUAUAUCUAGAAUUGCAAUCUUUGACCUUGUGAGAUUCACAUUCUCCCUACAGUGAGACCUGAAAGUGGAACUUCUGGCAGGCAGGUGAACGUCUUUUUCAUCAGUUGUUGGCAUUGGGAUUCCACAACUUUCAGUUCAUGCGCUCCCGUGGUGGUUAUGGGCUCGUUUGACUGACAGCUACUCGUGUGUAAUGUUGCAUUCAUGUUAACUUUGUUAAAAUCAUUCCUUCACAUCAUGUUCCCCUCUUCAUCGAAUGGGGGAUUGGUGGUGAUGGCUUGUAAAAUACACUCAAUUUUGUGCAUCGAAAAGUCUAAAACCAACCCUUAUCAUGUAACUCAUGUGAUCCAUUCAUUUAAGCGGAAGAUGUGUAUAAUAUGGUGACAAAUUGUUUGAGUGAA